AUGACCCGCGAUACUUACCUUAAGCGCUCUCUGGGCACCCAAGCCAAGCGCAUCAAAGAGUCACGAGUCCUGCUCGUGGGAGCUGGUGGAAUUGGCUGCGAACUCCUCAAGAACCUCCUCCUCACCGGUUUCGGCGAAGUCCAUCUCAUCGACCUCGACACAAUAGACCUGAGCAACCUAAAUCGCCAAUUUCUCUUCCGACAUGAACAUAUCAAGAGAUCAAAAGCAUUAGUCGCUAGAGAAGUUGCACAGACGUUCCAACCCAGCGCAAAUAUUGUCGCACAUCAUGCGAAUAUCAAGGACAGCCAAUUCAAUGUGGAUUGGUUUGCGACUUUCGAUGUCGUUUUCAACGCCCUUGACAAUCUCGACGCCCGCCGUCAUGUUAACAGAAUGUGUCUAGCUGCCGACGUACCUCUGGUUGAAAGUGGGACAACUGGUUUCAAUGGCCAGGUGCAGGUGAUCAAGAAGGGUAAAACGGAAUGUUACGACUGCAACUCGAAAGAAGCUCCCAAGUCUUUCCCUGUGUGUACCAUUCGAAGCACACCAAGCCAACCAAUCCACUGCAUUGUCUGGGCAAAAAGUUAUCUUUUACCUGAACUGUUUGGGACAAGCGAAGCCGAUACCGAAGAAUUUGACUAUUCAGCCGAUGCCGAUAAUGCUACGGAGAUCGAGAACCUGCAGAAGGAAGCCAGAGCUCUCAAGGAGAUUCGACAAUCAAUUGGAACUGCCGAAUUUACCCAAAAGGUUUUUGAAAAGGUCUUUCAGGAAGAUAUCAACCGUUUGUGUGGAAUGGAAGAUAUGUGGAAAACACGAAAGGCUCCUAAGCCCCUUGACUUCGCUCAAUUGAACGAGGAACUGUCUACCGUUGAACCCGGGAUCUCUUCCGUUGAUCAGAGGGUCUGGACAACGUCUGAAAACAUGUUUGUUUUCAAAGACAGUUUGGAUCGAUUAAGCAAACGACUGAAGACGCUGCAAGAAUCGGCAGAAGAUAAUUCUCAAGCAAUUUUGACUUUCGACAAAGAUGAUGUUGAUACCUUGGACUUCGUGACGGCAAGUGCGAAUUUGCGUGCGGAAAUCUUUGAAAUUGAGCCGAAGUCGAAGUUUGACACAAAACAGAUGGCGGGUAAUAUCAUCCCGGCAAUCGCAACCACCAACGCAAUGACGGCCGGCCUCUGUGUCCUAAUGUCGCUGAAGGUUCUGAAAGAUGACUACGAAAAUGCAAAGAUGGUCUUCCUUGAGCGUUCAGGAGCACGCGCAAUAAACUCGGAGAAACCGAAUGCUCCCAAUCCGAAUUGCCCUGUGUGCUCCGUCACCAAUGCCAAGGUCAAAACAGAUCUAAAACGCGCUACUCUUAAUGACUUGAUAGAAAACGUACUUCGCCAACAGCUUGAGUACGGGGAAGAAUUCUCUGUCAGCACUGAGCAGGGAACUAUUUACGAUCCAGACCUGGACGACAACUUGCCAAAAAAGCUGUCGGAGCUAGGGAUUGCAGAGUCAAGUUUCCUUACAGUUGUCGAUGAAGACGAUGAACAACCGCGGGUCAACCUCCAAUUGGUCGUAGUUGCACCCGCAGAGUCGGCAUCGCAGGAGCAGCCAAUUGUACUCGACAAAGUACCCGAAAUCCCACGCAAGCCAAAGGCACCCACACCUGCUCCAGAAAAUGGCCACGUCAACGGCACCACAAACCUGGGCAAGCGAAAGCGGGACGCCGAAGAAGAUGGGCUGGACGGAGACCCUCCUACCAAGCGCGUGGCCAAUGUAACCAUCUCGGAUGGGGUUGAUAAAGCGCACCCUAUCGACUUAAUGGAGGAUGAAGGGGGCGCUAUCCUGAUUGAUGAUUGA